GACCCGCGGUCGUUCCGGUUGGCGGCGGGCGGGCGGGAGGUGCGCCGGCCGCCCGAGGCGCGGGCGCCGAGCGAGGGCCGGGGCUCCGAGGGCGGCUCCGGGCCGCGGCCGAGCGGCUGACGCGCCGUGCGGCCAUGGGCCCGAGCGGGCCCUGGGGAGAAUGGCUCCUGGGCCUGCGGGUGCCGCCGGCCGGGGUCUUCGGCGUGGCCUUCCUCGCCCGGGUGGCCCUGGUUUUCUACGGGGUCUUCCAGGACCGGACGCUGCUCGUGCGCUACACGGACGUGGACUACCAGGUGUUCACGGACGCCGCGCGCUUCAUCACGCAAGGGCGCUCCCCGUACCUGCGGGCCACCUACCGCUACACGCCGCUGCUGGGCUGGCUGCUCACGCCCAGCGUCUGCCUGGGGGAGCUCUUCGGGAAGUUUCUGUUCAUCAGCUGCGACCUCCUCACCGCCUUCCUGCUCUACCGCCUGCUGCUCCUCCGGGGGCUGGGCCGGCGCCGCGCCUGCGGCUACUGCCUCUUCUGGCUGCUCAACCCCCUCCCCAUGGCGGUGUCCAGCCGGGGCAGCGCGGACUCGCUGGUGGCGGCGCUCGUGCUGGCGGCGCUGCACCUGCUGGCGAGGAGGCAGGUGGCGUGCGCCGCAGUGGCCUACGGCCUCGCCGUGCACAUGAGGAUGUACCCGGUGACCUACCUCCUUCCCAUCGCCCUGCACCUGCUCCCGGAGCGCGGCGGCGGCGGCCCCCCGGGCGCCCGCCGGCCCCGCUGCCCCUUCCAGGCGCGUCUGUGCGAACUCCUCAGGAGGCUUUGCAGUCGGGCCGUGCUGCUCUUCGUGGCGGUGGCCGGGCUCACGUUCUGCGCCCUCUGCUUCGGCUUUUACAGUAAAUACGGCGGGGAGUUUCUGGAGCAAGCCUACCUGUAUCACCUGACGAGGCGGGACCUCCGGCACAACUUCUCUCCGUACUUCUACCUGCUGUACUUGACCGCGGAGAGCCCGUGGAGCCCCUCCCUGGGCGUCGCCGCCUUCCUGCCGCAGGUCGUGCUGCUCUUGGCCGUGUCCUUCGCCUAUUACAGGGACCUCGUCUUCUGUUGUUUCCUGCACACGGCCAUCUUUGUGACUUUUAACAAAGUCUGCACCUCCCAGUACUUUCUCUGGUACCUCUGCCUGCUGCCCCCUGUGAUGCCGCUCGUGAGAAUACCCUGGAGACGGGCUGUGCUCCUCCUAACGCUGUGGUUUAUAGGGCAGGCCUUAUGGCUGGCUCCUGCCUAUGUUCUCGAGUUUCAGGGAAAGAACACCUUUCUGUUUAUCUGGUUAGCUGGUUUGUUCUUCCUUCUUAUCAACUGUUCCAUCCUGAUUCAAAUAAUUUCCCAUUACAAGGAGGAACCCCCCGUGGAGAGAAUCAAAUAUGACUAAUAGGACUCCAGUCCUUCUGCCACUUCGAUUACAUGCUGAUUGUCCUGAAUGGACCAGAAGAGAGCUUUGGGAAACUUUUUUUUUUUUUGAGACAGAGAGAACGAGAGAGAGAGAGCACAUGAGAGGGGGGAGGGUCAGAGGGAGAAGCAGACUCCCCACCGAGCAGGGAGCCCGAUGCGGGGACUCGAUCCCGGGACUCCAGGAUCAUGACCUGAGCCGAAGGCAGUCGCUCAACCAACUGAGCCACCCAGGCGCCCCUUGGGAAACAUUUUUGAACAUCCUGUGCGCUCUAGUGAAAAUUCAGUUUGGAGCAUAAAACCCUGUUCCAACGGAAAUUAAGACAAAUGGUUGCCUUAUUUAGAAAGGGGACUCAGUGACUGAGGUCCACGUCUAGGAAAUCUUAAGACUCUCAGUUAUCUGGGACAUGAUGGGAAGUAAAGGUUACCUGUUGAAAAUGGAAAAUCUGAUGAAACGGAAGUAAAGGUUACCUGUUGAAAAUGGAAAAUCUGAUGAAACUAUCAGAUGAUAAAAGGUUUUUGUAGAAAAAUAGAGGAAUGUCGUUAGAGACAUAAAGUCUUAAGUCGGUAUUCGUAUCAGUUAUACUAUGCUACAGUCCGAAAAUGUCUUUUUAAGCCCCACUUUUUCUUUUUAAAGCUUUCCCAAUAGCUGUGAAAACUCACGGAACAUUCCUAAAGUACAGCUUUUAGAUGUCAAGUGUUAAGUAAUACCACUGUGCUUAGGUUGGGAGAGUUCAUUCUGUGUUAAAAGUGGGGGCUUAGAAAAAGAGCCCAAAGAAUUUAAAUUGUAAUCAUGUUUCACGUAUUUGUUUUAUUACUUAGUUUUUCAGCACUUAGUCUCAGUGGUAUUAGACUACCAUUUGGUUUUAUACAGGAUUAAAUUAAAAUUCACCCAUCUUUAAACUUGAGUCAUUACAUAUUUCAAAAUAGCCUCUUGCUUUUGAUGUUUGAAGUCCACAAACCAUUAGGGACAUUUUAGUGUUCUCUUAUACCUCUUUGUUUUUAAUUUUCUGAUUGCCUUAAAAUAUUUUUCAUACAGAAUUUAAGGCAAUCAAGUGUAAUCUGUGUUGUAAAAAUGAAAACUAGUAGAUUUUAAGUGAUAGAAAACUAAAUUGUUAGUAAGACAUUUCCCAGCUUAAAAAUACCCCACUUAAAAAAAUUCCAUGGUGGAAAUGGAGACCUGUCUGGGAGGCUCUGGAAAGCCUAGAAGCAUCCUAAGUAGCCAUAAAUCUAGACCAAGAAAUUGAGGGAGAGAAUGUGGAAAUGAGGCUUUGAUGAGCAGAUCCAUUUCCCUUAUUACUAUGAUGAAUAUUUCUAGGGAAGAAAUGCUUUCUGAGAUUUAAAUGAGCAACCUAAAAAAAAUUUUUUUUAACAUAGCCCAUCUAGGCUGGGGACUCCCUAACACUCUAAAAAAAUGCAGUAGUAAUAUAGGAGUUUGACUUUAUGAUUGUGGUUUUAAAAGAUGAGUAGUUUAUCAACAUUGUUCUUUCACAGUAAAAAACAAAAACAACUUCCGAGAAGUAGACUAUUUCUUACCGGUGCAGGUCAAAAAAGACUUUGAGAAUAAGAUGUGUAUAAGCUGGUUGUAAAUAAGAAUGCUCUUAUGGGCAGCACUUCUUUGAUGGAUACCUUCUGGAACCUGCCAUUAGAAGGGAAGAAUGGGUGGUUUUCAGGGGUUGUUGUUAGGUGCAAAUAGCAGAGACCAUUAAUUGUUGAGGACAGUGACCUUUCUUAUAGCACCUAGUCUCAUGUCCCACAUUAGUCUUAUCUUGAGGGCUCUUUGUAUGUGAUUGUUCACUAGUGACCUUCUAACCAUGACAUUCUUAUCAGUCUUGGCUUUUUUUUUUCAUUCUUUUGUAAUAAAGAAAGUGCCCAGGCCCAGGAGAUGUAGAUUACUACAAAGUGAGUGGAGCUCAGCACUCUCGUUAAGGCUUGCUAGCGUGUCCCUCUUCAUCUUGUAUUUGUUUGAGGGGCAGUCUUGCACUUGUGCAGGAGUUCCUGUUACUCCCAAACUUUUCUUUUCAAUAAUUCCUCACCUUUAAUAAUCCCCUCCCACAUCCAAAUCCUCUCACCAAAUUGCAUCAUUUCUUGGUGACUCGACCUAGCCUAGUCUAAGUGGAUUUGCUGAAGCACGUUAGCCCAGCUGUGGUAGAUCAAACUAUGGAAACCAUGUGACCAUGAUUUCCAAAAGGUAAAUGGUCAUUGUUGGAUUCCUCUUGGAUUCCAGUGUAUGGUGUGCAGUGUGCAUUCAUCCAUUUGCAGUUCAUGACUGCGUGUGGCACAUGAGAACACAGACCGCUUAGGUUCAAAUUCCAGUGCGCCACCUUGGGCGAGCUGCUUUUAUCUAGACAGACUAGCUUUCUGUCUGUGAAAUGGGGAUGAUACUGUAAUCCUCAGAGAAUGGUUUGUGAGGAUUAAGUGAGUUAAUAUACGAUGCUGGCACAGAACAAGCCAUUCCCCAUCGCCUCCCCAGCUUUACUGUCUGUUCACAAGCUUUUGAAGAAGGAGCUACUUUUGGAGUCUAGGGCUAAGCCUUUUCCCUCAGUCUUUUUUUUUUUAGAUUUUAUUUGUUUAUUUGAGAUAGAGUGAGAGCGAGAGAGAGUGAGAGAGUACUGGGGGGGAGGGGGCAGAGGAAGAGGGAGAAGCAGGCUCUCCACUGAGCAGGGAGCCCGACAUCAUGACCUGAGCCGAAGGCAGACGCUUAACCGACUGAGUCACCCGGGCACCCCCUUUUCCCCAAUCUAAUGGAUAUACGAAAAGAACCUGGGUUUAUACUAAAUAAUUGUUUAAACUACCAGCUACUAUAACUUUGUUCCUCCUAAUCUUGAUCUGGUUCUUUGAAAAGAGAGUAGUUACCUGUGAAAGUGUGCAGAAUUUUCAGAUGUCUGAUUCCAGCUGGACAGCCAACUAAGCAGUGGAGGUUUGGCUCGUACCCCUGAGUUAGCACUUCAUUCUCCAUUGUGUUAAGGACUCAUUCAAGGGUUGGCGCUCUGUCGGUGGGAGCACAUGUCUUCUGCCUGUGUCAGAAGCAUCAGAAGAGCAUAAGCAUUUUUUCAGCGCUGAUUCAGGAGAACCAUUCAUUUAGUAAAAACAAGCAUUUGUAUUCUUUAUCCUGAACAAAACCCAGACUAACAGAAUCUUCCUAUCUGCUCAGACGCAUUAAUUGUUUUGUCUGCUGUAUGAAAUGAAAUGACACAGUGACUAUAAAAAUCAUCUGGAGCAUGAA